ACUCACUGCCUUAGCUCUUAAUUAUUCAUAUCGACUCCACUUGCCUAGCUCCCAUUCCAUGGCUUCCCUUUUCAGUCUCUUUGCCAUGACAGUCCUGAUUGCCUCCUUUGGGCAUUGCCACGCAGCUCGGCAUCUCCUUGACGACACAGCGCCGGCUGCUGCACCCCCGGCUGGCUUAGCAGUCCCAACCCUACCAAUGCCAACACUUCCGGCAGCGCCACCAUUGAUGCCGACGGUGCCAACCGUUCCGCAAGUCUCAGCACCAUUGAUGCCGAAUAAUCCGAUGCCCACCAUCCCAACAAUGCCGGUGGCAGGAGUGCCACCGUUGAUUCCCAUGAUUCCAGCCGUUCCCAAAGUUUCACUGCCUCCCAUUCCUUCGGUUCCGACCAUCCCUUCCAUUCCUUUCCUCAGCACUCCGCCUCCUGCAGCGUCUCCAUAAUCCAUAUCGAUGGUGUAUUUUAGUUUAUAACAGCGUACGUGUCUAGAUUAUAUGUGUGUAUGAUUUUAGUCAUGAUCAUUAUGAUGGUUUUGUUAGUAUAUUGGCAAAACUUUGUGUACUAGUCUGCAUUAUGUAAUAACACUUGAAUAACUUAUUGUUUCGGUUGUGAUUAUAA